AUGGCAUCAAACGUCUGGAUUAUUCUGGCUUUUGCCGUGGAGCGUCUCUUCGCCAUAUGCUUUCCUCUCAAGUCUCGCGUGAUCAGCAGCGAAUCUCGUGCGAAGAAAAUCGUCGUGGCCAUUUUCGUCAUCGCGGUUUUUGUGAACGCUCCGAGAUUCUUUCGCAUAGCUGUCACAACCAAAUUGGACGAUGCUACCAACGAAACAAUCCACGUUUGGACAUACACACAAUUUGGCCGAGAUCCCUUCUCCACCAAAGCCAUUUACAUGUCGUUUGCCAUCAUUGUCGUUAUCAUACCGUUCCCACUUCUAGCAACCCUGAACUGCUUAGUCAUCGUAAAGCUGCGCGAUGUGCGACGUAGCCGGAUGCGACUUAAGGGAGUCGAUGUGGAGACGACGGCUGACGCUGACGACAGCAAACAGAUUCAGAUCGAGCGAGUUCUGGUGGCGAGCCUUCUGGCAUUUCUCUUCUGUUACUCGCUGGUAGCCAGUACCUUUCUGACCUUUGCGUUCGAAGGCGUGUACGUUCUUCGUAAGUUCAAUUUGGAAAUCCGUUUGCGAUUUUUAAUCGCACCGUGUCUUUUUGUUUUCAACCCUUGCCUUAACUUUAUCCUCUACGUAAUGUGUAGCAAGAUUCUAAGAGAAGACGUCAAAGAACUGUUUUGUGGAAUAUUUGCUUUGAAGACGAAACGUUCAACAACCAACCGGUAA